AGUUAUGAAAAGGCGCGCCGAAGAAGAAGAAGAAGCUGUAGUAUCUUUACCUCUCAUACAACAACACCAACUUCUUCUUCUUCCUCCUCUGUUCAUUAUCAAUCACUCCAUUCCAGUUUCCACAUCAAAAUCUCUCUAAAAAAUGUCCAAAUCCACACUCAAAACGGAAUCCUCAAUCAAUCCAAAUGAUUACAAGCAUAGUCCAGUUCAUUACGCCGUCGCUACAGGUGACCACGCCAAUCUAUCUCGAAUCAUCUCCUCUCUCCCUCGCCUAAACGAUCUAUCAUCCAAGAUACUACAAUCCGAAUCCGAAUCCCUUGCACAGGAACGACUCGCCGAUAAGAUAUCCACCGUCAUUGACCGCCGUGACAAUCCUAACAGAGAGACGCCGUUACAUCUAGCAGUCAGACUAAACGAUGUGUUCGUAACUCAGAUUCUAACAUCAGCCGGCGCUAACAUUUCACUUCAGAAUGCAUCCGGUUGGAAUGCAUUACAAGAAGCUAUAAUGCGACGUUGUUCUGAUGUCGCGGCGGUUCUUCUUCAUUAUCAGCAUCUUGAUGCUUGGUAUAAGUGGCGGAGAAGGUUGCCGAGGAUAAUUGCUGCUCUACGGAGAAUGAGAGAUUUCUAUAUGGAGAUUACGUUUCAUUUUGAGAGUUCAAUUGUUCCGUUUGUAGGUAAAAUUGCACCGUCUGAUACUUAUAAGAUUUGGAAAACUGAUGGAAAUCUAAGAGCUGAUACUUCGCUUGCUGGAUUUGAUGGAAUGAAAGUACAGAGAGCUGAUCAGAGUUUUCUAUUCCUUGGCGAUGGGGAUGCGGAUCAUGGAAUUCCGUCUGGUUCGUUGUUGGUUAUAAAUAGAGAUGAACGAAAGAUAUUUGAUGCAUUUGAGAACGCUGGAACUCCUAUGAGUGAAUUUGAUAUUGCUGGACUCUGUUCUCAAACUAGCGUAUGUCGACCUGGAAUGGACGUUACGCAGGCUGAACUCGUUGGUAGAACGAAUUGGAGACGGCAGGAGAAGACUGAGAAUGUAGGUGAAUGGAAAUCCAAGGUAUAUGAAGUUCAUAAUGUCGUCUUCAGCUAUCGAUCGAGGAAAAUCAUUGGAGUAGACUCCGAUCAUGCAGGCAAUGAACAGCAGGUUCUCCCGCUUAAGAUUGAAGAAGACUCGGAAGACGGAUUCCUCGUAGCUGAGAUUCCACAUAGCCAUCGCCACAGUAGUUUCGUUCCUCCUCGUGAGGAUCGUCGUCACAGCAGCUUUGUUCGUGAGGAGAAUGACAUUGUAUUAGUAUCUAGGAAGAGUGUGGACAAUAUCCCCUGUUUUACUGGAUCAGAGAAACGGAGUCGACAACCCUCAGUGAAGGCGGCGAUGGUUCCUCCGCCGCAGACGAAAGAUAAGGAAUAUUUGAAGAGCUUGAAGCCGUCGAUAUGGCUGACGGAACAGUUUCCAUUGAAGACGGAAGAGUUGCUUCCAUUACUUGACAUUCUAGCUAACAAGGUGAAAGCAGUGAGACGAAUGAGAGAGCUGCUCACGACGAAGUUUCCACCUGGAACUUUUCCUGUAAAGUUGGCUAUUCCAGUGUUGCCCACAGUGAGAGUGGUAAUAACAUUCACAAAGUUCAUCGAGCUUCAGCCAAGGGAACAAUUCUAUACACCAUUAUCAAGUCCAAGGUUUCUUGGAUGUGGAAUAGGUGAUGAAGAAGAGAAUUGCAGGUCUAGUUCAUCAUCAUCAUCAUCAUCAAAGCAGAUGAAGUUUUGUUUGCCUAAUACAGCUGAGAAUGAAUCUGAACCAUUUGCAAUACCAAAUGGAUAUAGGUGGGGUAGUUUUGAUGAGAAAACUAAGAAACCACCCAAGAAGUCAGGAUCCAAGCCUAACAGGAAGACAACAAAUUAAGGGGUAAAAUGAAAGGCAGGGUUUUGGUACAUGGGGUGAUGUGGGUCAGUAAUUGUAUAAUGGUGAAAAAGAGAGUCAAAGAAGGACAAUAGACAAGGAUUUUGCUUUUUUGAAUGGGAAUCUUCUAUUAUUAGAUUGAAAGCUUUAACCUUUGUCUCACUCAAAUUCAAUUCUUUCACUUUUAUAAAUAUAAUAUUAGCUUUGCCUUCA